AUGUCUCUUUCUGAAUACAAUAUAUGUUCCUGUGUAAUCUAUAUUGCUGUAAUUGUAGGUGGGACAUUUGGUAAUGGUCUGGUGUGCUAUAUUGUGUAUACAAAUAGGAAUCUACGGACUGCUCCGAAUUUUCAACUGGUGGCAUUGGCUGUGGCAGAUUUAAUAGUAUGUACCAUAGCUUCUCCUUUAAGAUUUGUGGUCUCUGUGCGACGUCUCAUCACAUCUUCUGCUAUCAUCAACGAUGGUGAAUGUUUCUGGGAAACAUUAACGACUUUUUCGUCUAUCAUUAUAACAGUAAUUAUGUUGGCAGGUAUAAGUUUAACGAGAUUCAUCGGUAUCACAAACAAAGUAACUAAAGAGACAAUGAAGAAAUUCAUUAACUUAUCCAUUGUUAUAAGUUUCUGUAUUGGUAUAUGUUACGGGACAAUCAAAGCAAAUCUUGGUAAGGGAGGACCAUGCGGAAUCAUUGAUGUCCCAGAGAAAGUAAUAAUCGGAGCAAAAAUUGGAAUCGGCAUUACGUUUGUAUCGUUACUUGUAAGUAUGGUAUCGAAUAUUUGCAUUUGCUGCAUCACCCAAAGCAACCACAGAGCACUGAAACGAGCACUCGGCGAUGGUGGACGACAUGGAAAAGCGACAAACAUUGCAACUAUGAAAUUGUCACUUCGUCUUGUUGUUUGUUUCAUGAUCAUCUAUUUACCAAUAACAAUUCACGGCAUUCUCGUAAUAAAUGAACUUGUAGAAAGAAAUCCAUCUUUUGCCAAUUUUCUUUUCGCCAUUUGCUGUGCAGGCAGCGCGGUGAAUCCUAUAAUAUAUACAUUGACGUCAUCUGCGUACAAGAAUCACCUUCCAUGGAAGAAAUAA